CCUGCAGUGUGCGUGUGUGUGUGUGCGCGCGCGCUCGCGCUGAGAGAGCGGGUUCAGUACGUCUACUACACAGGAUAGCGGCACUCAUAGGUACUCACAGAAGCACCGUGGCGAAUUCCAUCAGCGUUUAGCACCACUGAAGGUGAGACAUUUAGUCCGGGCACGUACCUGACAACUGACUGUCCCGAAGCCCCUAGGAAUCUCGCGCUCUAGUAGAGUGAAAGAGAGUAGCGCGCGCGCUGCACGGACCGCAUUGGAAUGUAGCGGGGAUUCCCGGCGCGCGGGGCAAGAUCAAUUACCUUAUUACACUUACACCACUUUUUCACCAAAAUGAUGCCAGUGCUCGGUUGGUUGCAUCGGUGAAUCUCUAACAAGCUGUCAAUCGUUUAUCAACGCCCCAAGAAAACACCUGAGUAGGUGGAGUAUGGCCAGUGGGAGUGGCUGGCAUUGCUAUGCCUAAAGGCACGUGGCGACGGUGUCCAUGGAGACAGAUGGCAGCUUCACUGAGGGCCACGGUCUGUCCCUCUUACAGGCAGAAGAUAGCGUGGGGGUCGGACUCGCACAGCAGGACGGGACGUGGCUGGGCUUCCGGGCUACACUGAGUGCUGUGCUGCUGCUGGAGUUGCUCCUGGGGGUGGGCGGCAAUUUGACCGUGCUGGUGUUAUACUGUGGUCACUGCAGCCUGUUGGAGUCCGUCAGCCAUGCCGUCACGCUCAGCCUGCACACCCUUGACCUGCUGCUCUGUCUCCUCUGCCUGCCGAUCACUGCCACGCUCCUCAUACUGGGCGGAGCCUCGGUUCCUCACCACGCCCUCCUCUGCUGUCUUCACGAAUCGGCAGCCAGCUUUGCCAGUGUAGGCACCGCACUCAACCUGCUGCUCAUCAGCUUAGACCGCUAUGACAUCAGUGUCCGGCCAGCCAAUCGCCUGCUGACGCCUCGAAGGGCAACCGUUUUGCUUGUUGCAGUGUGGGUGAUUUCUUUAGCCAUGCCACUCCUACCAUUCGUGGAGGCGGGGUUUGUGUCGGGGCAAGGCGAGGGGGUGUUUCUGCACUCCAAUAGCACUGUGCUUUGUUCAGAGUGGGGAGGAACUCUGCAGGCUCAUCUGUUACUACAGGUUCCCGUGUUCCUGUGCUCUCUCGCUGUGAUGCUGUUUACAUACUCCCGAAUUCUUCAGGCACUGCGCAUCCGCAUCGGACGCACGGCCAGGCCCCAUCGAGACAGCAAACGACCCGGUCCUGGACUUCGUCUCUGGUUACGCUGUAAAAGGUCAAUGAGGUCGCCGGAUCACAUUACGACAAACACACCCACUUCCCCCCCGCCGCUUUCGACUGCACCACUUAUCACCUCAGAUGCAGUUACCACGGUAACCAUCAACACUGAGACGAAUACUCCCUCACUCACCACCCCCCUGAGCCCCACCCCCAUUGUGUCUGUGAUAACUUCGCCUUUAAGCCCCACUCCCACUGCAUCAAUGGCAACCACGCCUUUGAGUCCCCCCGCAUCUGUGUCUGUCAUAACUAGCACCCACAUUCCCACCCUUGCUACAUCAGUGACCACGCCUUUGACUCCCAUGCCCACUGUGUCUACAGUAACCGCGCAGCUAAGUCCCGCCCCCAUCCAGAGUCCGUCUAGCAUGGGUGUGGGCGCGUCAGUCUCGGCCAUUUUGGCUCUGCGUCGAGCGGUUCGGCGCCACCGAGAUCGAAGGGAACGCCGAAGGCGAGUCUUUCGCAUGUCCGUCAUCAUCAUCCUCUCGUUUCUGCUAUGCUGGGCGCCUCUCUCCAUCAUUCCUCUUCUCAUGCUGGCCAUCGGGCCGUCUAAUUGGCUAGAACGCCUGAGACUCUGCUUUCUGGUGCUCGCUUAUUGGACGGUAGUGCUACAUCCGCUGCUUUAUGCGUUCACGCGCCAAAAACUGCGCAAAGUUCUGCAUACCCGUCUGCGCAGGCUGCGGCCACAAAACACUCAGACUCGUAUUGGCACUAACACCAGGAUCCGUCGCAAGCACGGGGCAGAUUGCAGCGAUGCUACUGACCGCUGCCUGGCGGAGGCUGUUAGAGAGUGAGUGUUUGUGUGUAUGUGGUUUGUUACUAGGCUCACACGGAACCUGAAUGCGCAUUCCCUUGUAUACACGAUCCUUCUGUCCAUUUAUUAAACAUCUUGGAUAAUUUAAUUAUGCUUUUAGCUGCAAAUAUGGAUAUUUUCAACAUAUUUCAUCAUGUUCAAAUCCAAAGGCCGUAACCAUGUUUUGAGCACCGGGGGGAUCAAGGCACUUUUGUUUUUAAAAGGAAUUAAGGGAUUUAAGGGAACAAAGGGAAAAAAUUUUUUUUUUAUUUGAAAAUAUGCUCACAUUCAAUCAUAAUGCCCAGGUAUAUGUUAUUUUCCACGCACUGCUCCAUCUCACGCACAGUUAAGAAUAUACUCUUUUGACCGCGAAUGUGGACCAGGUGUGGACAGACGUGUUCAACGGGUUCAUUACAAGUAAAAGUUGUAAAGACCGAUUUUUACUUAAGUAAAAGUACAGAAGUACUCGUUUUUAAAAGUACUUAAGUAUCAAAAGUAAAUGUCAACGCAUUGUUUUAUUAUUUUUGCAUUGUUGUAUGUUACAGUACCUUAUGCCUCUGAAUCUAUGCCUGCCUACCUAUCAUCAUAUAAAUAACAAAUUUAUUUCUAGAAAACGGUUCCAGUAGUGGCAUUGAAUGUGAGAUUGUAUAAUCAAUGAUGUCUACAAUGGUUUUGGAUAUCCAAAUGGCUGUUCCCUCAAAUAGUGCCAUAUUUAAAGUUGUUUGGCUUUUAGUAUGAAUGAAUAUGUUAGCCUAUAAGCUAGUGUGCUCCAAAACACUGAAAAAACCCAACGGUGAAAAUGAAAAUCAGGUUGAUGUCUGAAUCCAGCGUCAGAUUGACGUUAAUUUCAAACGUUGGACAGACGUUAUAUUGUGGGUGAAAAUGAAAAUCGGGUGGACGUCAGAAACCAUCAUCAGUCGGGUUGACGUUGACAUCAGUGAUGCCAACCCGACUUUCGUUUCAAACCAAAAUGGAACCCUUGCAACCAAAGUCAUCCCCUGACUGACGUUACAGCUUUGAACUCAAAGACCUUAAAAAGUAUAAAAAAGUAUGAUAUUUGUCUUUCAAAUGUAGUGAAGAAGUUUCCAGAAAAAAAUCAUUCUCAAGUAAAGUACAGAUCCCCAAAAAGUGUACUUAAGUACAGUGCUCAAGUAAAUGUACUUUGUUACUGUCCACAUCUGCUCGCAAAUGUGCUGUUGUCCGUUCACAAGUCCGCGACUCUGUGCAGACACAAAAAUUGGGCUGCAUGCAGAUGCUGUGACAUCAGGGGACUGUGCUGGUGAGGAGGUAAUCCAUCACCCGGAAGUUGAAGCCUCGUGGGAGCCGCCAUUGUAGCAGAACUUCACCUGCUGUUAGCAUCCCAUUGACUCCCAUUC